AUGGCUGAUAUCAAAGGACAGAUUAAAGAAUUACUCAAAGCGUUCCAAAAUAUGCAGCCUUCGGAUCCUCAGUUCGAGCCUGCCCUUGAGAGUCUCAUGAGUGAUCUUUCCAAGCACAUCAGAGAGGAAGAAAGCGAAGACCUUUCCAAACUAGAAGACAACCUGUUGACUGAAGAGAGUAACGAUCUGGCCGCUUCUUUCGGCCGAAUUAAGAUUUUUGUUCCCUCGCGCUCUCAUCCGAGUGCUCCUGACAAGCCUCCUUUCGAGACUGCUGUCGGGCUUAUGACGGCCCCUAUCGAUCACCUUGCCGAUUUGUUCCGGUCUUGGCCUCAUACUUCUGGCAUGCCAAAUCCGUCGACCAAAUAG